AGGUGACCACACUGAGACGCUUCAGGUGGAAUAUGACCCAAAAGUGACCAACUACAGUAACCUUCUGAAAGUAUUUUGGGAGGGCCACAACUACGUGCAGAAAAGAUCUCCACAAUACAAGUCCGCAAUAUUUUAUCAUAAUGAAGAACAAAAAAGAUUAGCUGAAGAAAGUGCCAAGGUUGAACAGAACAGGUUGAAACAAACAAUCGCAACAGAUAUCCUGCCUGCUGAUUCAUUUUAUGAUGCUGAAGAGUAAGUGAUCACAUGAUAAAAUAAAACCAAUCAGAUGGAUUUAGUCAAAAUAAAAUCAAAUAUCUCUGGUAUAAAUUGGCAAUCCAUUGAAUACAUUUGUACUUUAAAUAUAAAUAUUAAAGCCCAGCAUAUGACUUUCAAACAAGGCAUAACAAUAAAGAAAUAGAGGAUAUUACACAGUGGCGUGAAGAUAUGACUUUUAUCUUCGAGUGGUGAAAUGAUAAAAGUCAUAUCUUCAAGCCACUGUGUAAUGUUCUGUUUAUUAUAUAGUCCCAAGCAAAAAAAUGUAUAAAUACUAAAAGUCAUGUGAUCGAUAUCUUCACUAUAAAAGAUAUGGAAAAUAUCUCGCUGUGUAUUUUUCAGUAUCUCACUCUCUACUAUAUAAUAAAUAUAUACAAUUUAUUUGCUGACUUUUGUUGUAUACACCACAACAUCAUUUAUCACACCACCAUUUAUCUCAACACCAUUUAUCUUUAACUGUGCUUUUCUGCCUGGUGUGUCAAUUGCUACAUCUGAACUUGUCAGAAAACACAUACAUACUGUACAUGGUGCUGAUUGUCUUAUCUACCAUUUAUUUAGCUACCACCAAAAAUACAGAUUACGUGGUCAUGGUGAUAUCGUAGGCCUGCUACAGCUGAAUAACGAAGAAUUAAAGGACUCCACAAUCGCUGCUCGUCUGAAUGGGUACCUGGGACAAAACGGAUCGAAGAAACAGUUUGAUGCAGAGGUUAAGACACUAAAUCUAACCCCAGAUGUAGCUAAUGCUGUACGAAAGGUGCUGUUUUAG